AUGGCACGAACCAGAGGCGCUAAGUUUUCCUCUCCUUCUAGCCGAAAGCAAACGCCGCGCGAUGAACCUGUUCAAGCAUCUACCUCUGAGCCUCCACGGCCGGAAGUUGUUUCGCCUCCUGUGAAGCCCACACCAAAGAAACGCCAGGCCAAGCCGACAUUGCAGACGCCUCCGGCGAGGCACUAUCUUACCAGGUCAGGGGGCCGUCCCCUGCAAAAACGAGCCAGAGUGGAAAGCUCGGAACCCAUCGACUUGACAGGGCAGUCCCCUGUUCCUUCUCCAGAGCCCUCUCCGGUGCCAUCUCCGGCACCGCCGGCAAAGCCUCAAACAAGCCAACCGCCACCUUCUGAGCCCCAAAUUCCGUCUGGGACAGCUCCUAAAGCAAUAAUCAGGCGUCCAAUGCUCACUCAGCCGCCAAUUGAAGGCAAUUUGGACUGCUGA